GCUACUCGAGUUUUUCGAGCAGAGACUUCCGAGUUUCCACAAGCACAUCCAUGAAAAACAUGUCGCUACUCCGAAUCAAGGCAAAUGUUGCUCGUAAACCAGCUUCAAACUAUCUUGCUUCAUUUGGAUUCUCGAGGGCUUAAAUUGGGUACUGUAGUUCUGGAUACACGUGGCAGGGUGAUUUGCGUUAAAGACUUAUUCACUCACUUCAAUUUGCAACCGUGAAAGCUGAAGAGAUUUCUGGGUCUCAGCCUGCUGAAGUACAGAACUUGGUCCAGGGAAGUUGGUUUAAAUCUGCCAAUUGGAAUACAAUCGUCGAUCCCUUAAAUGGAGAAUCAUUUAUCAAAGUUUCAGAAGUAGAUGAAAGCGGAAUCAAGCCUUUUAUAGAGAGCUUGUCUAAGUGCCCCAAACAUGGCAUGCACAACCCAUUUAAAUCCCCAGAGAGAUACCUUUUGUAUGGAGACAUAUCUUCAAAAGCAGGCCAUAUGCUUUCCCUGCCUGAGGUUUCUGAUUUCUUCGCAAAGUUAAUACAGAGGGUUGCGCCUAAGAGUUACCAGCAGGCUCUUGGUGAAGUUUAUGUUACAGGGAAGUUUCUAGAGAACUUCUCUGGUGAUCAGGUACGUUUCCUAGCAAGGUCUUUUGGAGUUCCUGGGAAUCAUCUUGGGCAGCAAAGUCAUGGUUUCCGCUGGCCUUAUGGACCUGUUGCAGUGAUUACGCCUUUCAAUUUCCCUCUAGAAAUUCCUCUACUUCAGUUGAUGGGAGCACUUUAUAUGGGUAACAAGCCUAUCCUUAAGGUUGAUAGCAAGGUAUCAAUUGUUAUGGAACAAAUGCUUCGGUUGCUCCAUGAUUGUGGGAUGCCUGUGGAGGAUGUUGAUUUCAUCAAUUCUGAUGGAAAGACAAUGAACAAGAUACUGCUAGAGGCAAAACCACGGAUGACUCUCUUCACCGGAAGCUCUAGGGUAGCAAACAAGUUGGCUGAUGACCUAAAUGGUAAAGUGAAAUUGGAAGAUGCAGGAUUUGACUGGAAAAUUCUUGGCCCUGAUGUUCAUGAGGUGGAUUAUGUUUCAUGGGUUUGCGAUCAAGAUGCAUAUGCAUGUAGUGGUCAGAAAUGCUCAGCACAGUCGAUGCUUUUCAUGCACGAAAACUGGAGCAAAACAUCACUCAUGCGUCAAUUGAGUGACCUUGCUGCAAGGAGGAAGCUUGAAGACUUGACUAUUGGCCCAGUUCUUACGUUCACAACGGAAGCUAUGCUAGGCCACAUGAAGAAAUUGCUUCAGAUUCCUGGAUCCAAGCUACUCUUUGGUGGUGAAGAGUUGGAAAAUCAUUCUAUUCCUAAAGUUUAUGGUGCUAUAAAACCGACAGCUGUAUUUGUUCCAAUCGAAGAAAUACUAAAGGGUGAAAAUUACGAACUUGUUACAAAAGAAAUAUUUGGACCAUUUCAGAUUAUUACGGAAUACAAAGACAAUCAACUGCCACUGGUAUUAGAUGCCCUUGAAAGGAUGCAUGCACACUUAACAGCGGCUGUGGUCUCGAAUGAUCCAUUAUUUAUCCAGGAGGUUGUGGGGAAAACAGUUAAUGGAACCACAUAUGCAGGACUUAGAGCACGAACCACUGGUGCACCGCAGAACCACUGGUUUGGGCCGGCUGGAGAUCCAAGAGGUGCCGGAAUAGGGACUCCUGAAGCUAUAAGACUGGUGUGGUCAUGCCAUAGAGAGGUCAUAUAUGACGUUGGUCCAGUCCCACACAAAUGGCAAAUCCCACCUUCAACUUGAACUAGUGAAGAAAGAAGGACGUCUACAUUGAGUGAUGAUCGAUUUGACAAGUUAUGACCAUGAUCUCUUGUUAACUCAAAUGUACGGGCUGUUGACGGCUUUCCACAGAGGAAAAGUAGCUAGUUUUUGACGGCAGAUGUGUUGUGCGACACUAAUAUUAUUGCAUACAUUUUAAGGUAUUGUGAUGGUUUUGUUAUAUGAACCAACGCUACAAUGCUUGAAGACUCCUUUAAUAUAACAAACACUAUGCAUCCCAUCUUAAUC